GCCAACCCAAGCGUAAUAUUAAUCAAAACACAACAAUGAGCUCCACGGAAUUGGGAGAAUUUGUAAUAAAUGUCACCGAUGGGCCUGUACAUGGUGUGGCCGCAGGUGAUGAGGACGGAGCGACCAACCUCUCAGCCACCACCACCAUGCACCUGCUGUACUGUGGCAAGACGCUGGAUGACUUCCACACCAGCUACGCCAAAGCGCACGGUAUCGUCUGCCUGUUGGUGUGCAUCUUUGGCAGCAUCGCCAAUACGCUUAACAUAGUGGUACUGACGCGACGUGAGAUGCGAUCACCAACGAAUGCAAUCCUGACAGGGCUUGCGAUCGCAGACCUGCUCGUGAUGCUCGACUACAUGCCCUACGCCAUCAACUCCAUCCCGUAUCUGCGGCUUUCGCGCGAGGAACGACUCACAUACGGUUGGGCCUGGUACAUCAUGUUUCACUCGAUCUUUGCCCAGAUCUGCCACACGAUCUCGAUCUGGCUAACGGUGACGUUGGCCAUCUGGCGCUACAUUGCCGUAGCCUACCCGCAGCGCAAUCGCCAGUGGUGUGACAUGUCCAAGACGCUGGCGGCAAUCUUCAGCUCGUACAUUGUCUGCCCUUUUCUGGCCGUACCGAUCUACCUCUCCUUCAGCAUCCAGUCCAACGUGGAGCUGCUCGGUUGCGACGGCAACACACUGGCAGCCGAUGCCACAGGGAACGCUACGCAAGGUCGCAAUGUCACACUGUACCGGCUCGGCACGUCACAGCUGGUGCGCGAUAAUCCGGCACUGCUGAACGUCAACUUUUGGAUCUACAGCGUCGUGUUCAAGCUGAUUCCCUGCAUCGCCCUCACUAUCCUCAGUUUACGAUUGAUCGGUGCACUGUUGGAGGCGAAACAGCGCCGAAGUCAGCUGACUGGAACGGCCACCGGACUUAAGCAGAUCGUCGAUGGGCGUGUCGUGGAUGCGAAAAGUGGUAAACAAACUGACAAGGAGAAGCAAACGGAUAGGACCACGCGCAUGCUGCUGGCGGUGCUGCUACUGUUCCUCAUCACCGAGUUCCCCCAGGGCAUACUCGGCUUACUGAGCGCCGUAUUAAAAAAGGACUUUUUCUUCAACUGCUACCUCAAACUAGGUGAUGUGAUGGACGUACUGGCGUUGGUUAACUCCGCGAUUAACUUCAUUCUCUACUGCUCGAUGAGUCGCCAGUUUCGCAGCACGUUCAACGAUUUGUUCCGGCCGCGCAUCCUCGACCGUUGGAUGGCGGUGCCGCAGGGCGAGGACGAGCAGGCGGGCCGUGGCCAGCAUCAGGACGGAGCGACAACGCAGAUUACUCAGAUAUAGCGCACGCCGGGACGUCCUAACAGUAAUUGCCACGGUUGCUUUGGACAGUUUGCGACCGCACUGGCGGGAGUUCUAAUUAGCAAUCGGCAAACAUCGAGCCGUGACGACUGUGCAAUGCUCUAGCGACG